AUGAUCAAUUUUUACCGCCGGUUCCUACCGAACUGUGCUGACCUCAUGGUGUCGCUCACCAACAUGCUUUCUGGUCCCAAAGGCCUCCUCGAGAUGACUGGCGAAGCACUGACUGCUUUAGAGAUAAUCAAGAAUUCCCUUGCCGACGCCAGCUUACACACGCAUCCCGCUCCCGAAUCUCAGCUCUCCCUGAUGGUAGAUGCUUCGACCGUAGCCGUGAGUGCAGUCCUUCAAAAACACCUUGCUGAUUGGACUCGACCACUUGUCCUUUUCUCCAAAAAACUCUUACCAGCUGAGACACGCUACAGUGCCUUUGGCCGUGAAAUACUUGCCAUUUACCUGGCUGCGAAGCAUUUCCGGCAUUUCCUUGGAGGUCGGGAAUUCACUGUUUUCACGGACCACAAACCGUUGAAAUUUGCACUUCGGCCACACUCCGAAAAGUACAGUCCGAGGGAACUCGCCCACCUGGACUUCAUCUCUCAAUUCACCACCGACAUCCGCCACACUGAUGGUACGAAGAAUGAGGUGGCUGAUGUGCUGUCCAGACCCUCACUUUCUUUCCUCUAA